ACACACACAUACACACACACACGAUGGGCUGCGGGGGGAGCAGCUGACGUCAUCAUCAGGUGGACACACACACACACACACACACACACAUGGUGGGCUGCGGGGGGAGCAGCUGACGUCAUCAUCAGGUGGACACACACACACACACACAUGAUGGGCUGCGGGGGGAGCAGGGCGGCCGCGGUGAUGGCAGGCAAACAUGAGGAGAGUCGGACCAGAGACACCGAGUCCACCUGGCUGACCAACACUGACCUGCAGGACUACUGCUGUCCCCGCCCACUUCCGCUCAACACCUAUGUUGGUGAUGUUGACAAUAAGAUGAUGAUGAUGAUGAUGAUGAUGAUGAGGCGUGCAGGUAAGGCGGAGCCUAAGAAGAGGAUGGUGACCACGGCAACUCAGUGUGGGAAGCAGAGUGUUGGCAGCAGCAGUACCAGCUGCAACCACCAGAGGCGGCAGAGACGCUCCUUGAGUGACGCCAGCACGAAGAGUCAGGAAGCCGAGGUCUCCACCGCAGACACAUGAAGACCGAGGACAACAACAAACAACAACAAACAACAACAACAACAAGUCGUCCAUCUUGUCUGCACGCCGGAGACAAGCGCCAUGCUUGUUGCCAUGGUGAUGCAGGCGGAAGUUGUGUUCCUUGCAAAGAAAACACCAGCAUGUGCCUGUCAAUCAUCUCUCCAUCCACUUCCGGCGUCUCACCAGACUUCUGGCGGGAACAACCUGAAUCUACUAAUAAAAGUAUCAAUCAAUCAAUCAAGAAGACCAAAUAAAAAGAUGGGUUACGUCAUCAGUGGCCAAUGAGAGCUCGACGCUGAAAGUGAAGUCAAGAAGAGACGUGUGUGGUGACGUCACAGCACAUAGACGAUCUUUGACAAACAGACAUGAGUUCAUUCACCGUGGAUUCUAUUUUGCAACUUUGAUGUUUUUCAUCAUUUUAUUGAUCCUUCUUUAUGUCCGGGAUAUCGAUGAUUUCAUUUAUUCAUUUUGAUUUUGAUUUCAAUCAUUCAUGUCAAACAUUUAUGUCAAAUAACUUAUGUCAUCAUUUAUAUAAUCAUCCAUGUCAUCAUUCAUGUCAUCAUUCAUCAUUCAUGUCAUCAUUUUUUUUAAUAGUUAUUUAUGUCAAUCGUUUUUUGUCAAUAAUUUAUGUCGGUCAUUUAUGUCAAUCAUUUAUGUUAAUCAUUUAUGUCAAAUAAUUUCUGUCCAUCAUUUAUGUCCAUCAUUUAUGUCAAUCAUUUAUAUCUAUUUAUGUCAAUAAUUUUUGUCAAAUUUUAUGUCCAUUUAUGUCACUCAUUUAUGUCCAUUUUUGUCAAUCAUUUAUGUCAAUUAUUUAUGUCCAUCAUUGAUGUCAAAUAAUUUAUGUCCAUCAUCUAUGUCAAACAUUUAUGUCCAUCAUUUAUGUCAUCAUUUAUGUCAAAUAACUUAUGUCAUCAUUCAUAUAAUCAUCCAUGUCAUCAUUCAUGUCAUCAUCCAUGUCAUUAAUCAUUUCAUCAUUUAUGUCACUCAUCCAUGUCAUCAUUCAUGUCAUCAUUUUUUAAAUAAUUAUUUAUGUCAAUCAUUUUUUGUCAAUUUAUGUCAAUCAUUUAUGUCAAAUACUUUAUGUCAAUCAUUUAUGUGAAUCAUUUAUAUCUAUUUAUGUCAAUCAUGUUUGUCAAAUUUUAUGUCAAUCAUUUAUGUCCAUCAUUUAUGUCAAAUAAUUUAUGUCCAUCAUUUAUGUCAAUCAUUUAUGUCCAUUUAUGUCAAAUAAUUCAUGUCCAUCAUUUAUGUCCAUCAUUUAUGUGAAUCAUUUAUAUCUAUUUAUGGCAAUAAUUUUUGUCAAAUUUUAUGUCCAUCAUUUAUGUCAAAUAAUUCAUGUCAAACAUUUAUGUCAAUCAUUUUUGUCAAAUUUUAUGUCCCUCAUUUAUGUCCAUUUAUGUCAAUAAUUUAUGUCAAUUAAUUAUGUCCAUCAUUUAUUUCCAUCAUUUAUGUCAAUUAUUUAUGUCAAUCAUUUAUAUUAAAUAAUUCAGCUCAUCAUUUUUUGUCACUCCUGUAUGUCAUUAAUUUAUGUCAUAAUUUUUUUAAAUAAUCAUUUAUGUCAAUCAUUAAUAUCAUCAUGUCAUCAUUCAUGUCAUCAUUCAUGUCAUCAUUCAUGUCAUCAUUUGUGUCAACUGUAUCAAUCAGCCCUGUGAUGAAGUGGUGACUUGUCCUGGGUGUACGCCGCCUUCCGCACUAAUGUAGGUGAGGUAGGCUCCAGCGACCCCCUGUGACUCCGAAAGGGACAAGCGGUAGAAAAUGUUUGGUUGGUUGUUUUAUGUUUAUUUAUUUUCUGUUGAUUUUGUUGGACCUUCUUUGUGUUGUGUCCUUCAGUCUCAAUACAAUGUAUUAUUAUUAGUAUUAUUGUUAUUAUUAUUAUUAGUAGUAUUAUUAUUAGUAGUAUUAUUAUUAUUAUUAUUAUUGUUAUUAUUAUUAUUAUUAUUAUUAUUAUUAAAAUUAUCUUUCACUGGGUUUUGUUCAGCAGAUGAAAAGAGAAUCUGACUCCCAUCAACUUGUUCCUAGUGAGGGCCACUUCGCAAUGAUGGCUGUUCUCAGGGGGCCACUUUAAAUGAUGUGGUGGGCCAAUGUUAAAUGACUCGACAAACAAUGUUACAUCAUGUGGUAGACCACCUUGAAUGGCAUGGCGGGCCACAAUAAAUGAUUUGACUCACCACCUUAAUUGUGUGACAAACUGCUUUAAAAUACAUGGUGGGCCACUAUAAAUGAUGUGACUCACCACAUUAAUUAUGUGACAAACUGCUUUAAAAUACAUGGUGGGCCACUAUAAAUGAUGUGACUCACCACAUUAAUUAUGUGACAAACUGCUUUAAAAUACAUGGUGGGCCACUAUAAAUGAUGUGACUCACCACAUUAAUUGUGUGACAAACUGCUUUAAAAUACAUGGCAGACCACUGUAAAUGAUGUGACGAAACACCAAAAAAAAGAUAAGGCGGGCCACCGGAAAUGACGUGAAGGCCACAUAGAAUGACAUGGUGGGCCGCGAUUAAUGUUGUGACGGACCACAAAAAAAAAAAAAAGAUAUGGCAAGCCACAAUAAAGGCCACAAUACAAUUUUGUGGCAGACCACAUUGAAUGACAUGGUGGGCCACCAUAAAUGAUUUGACGGACCACAAAAAAAAAAGAUAUGGCAAGCCACUGGAAAUUAUGUAAAGGCCACAUUACAAUUUUUGUGGCAGACCACUUUGGAUGACAUGGCGGGCCAAAAUAAUGAUGUGACGGACCACAAAAAAAGAU